GCCAGUGUGCAACAUAGGCCAGGGGUCGGUGAUUGUUUGAUGGUAAAGAAUAAGAAGCACUAUAGUUGCAAGAAACCAACAAAUAUAUAUGCCCCCUUCCUCCGAGCAUUCCAUAGUGCUGCUCAAGCCUCUUUCUUUCUUUUCAUUGAGAGUAACCAAUCCAAUAUCAUUUCCCAAAUUUAUCCUUCAAAUUCAAUCCAAUUUUCAUGGUUCUUGACUCCAAAUCCAAUCUGGGUCAGUGCCAGAAUUUCCCAUCAUAAAUUCUCCCAAGUGGGGUUUUUGUUUUGUUUCCCAUCACUCAAAUGGUUUCAAUUGUGGGUUCUGUUAUUAUGUCACCUACUCUCAACAUUUGCAAAAGCAACAGUUGCCCCUCUUCUUACAAGAAAACAUAUUUUCCUAAUUCUAAUUUGGAAAAGCCAUUCUUGGUGAGUUAUAGGAAGGAUAAAGGGACUGUUUGUGCUUGUGUUGCACCUCCUAGGGACUACAAAGCUGCUGAUUCUGAUCGCUUUUCCAACACAAGAUUCAAUCAGGAAUCUGCUAAAUCGGAGAAUGUGAGCUUGUUGAGAGAGCCUGAAGAUGAGUCAGAUGUGCUUAUUGAGUGUAGAAACGUGUGCAAGUCAUUUGGCGACAAGCAUAUCUUAAGAGGUGUGAGCUUAAAGAUCAGACAUGGUGAGGCUGUUGGAAUUAUUGGGCCUUCUGGCACUGGGAAAUCAACAAUCUUAAAGAUAAUGGCUGGCCUUCUUGCUCCAGAUAAAGGGGAGGUUUUAAUCCGAGGUAAACUGCGUAAUGGAUUAGUGAGUGAUGAGGAAAUUUCUGGGCUUAGGAUUGGCUUAGUGUUUCAGAGUGCUGCGCUUUUUGAUUCAUUAACUGUUCGUGAAAAUGUUGGUUUCUUGCUAUAUGAGAAUUCAACUAUGCCAGAGGAUCAAAUUGCACAGCUUGUAACUGAAACUUUAGCUGCUGUUGGUUUGAAGGAAGUUGAAGACCGAUUACCCUCUGAAUUAUCUGGUGGUAUGAAGAAAAGAGUUGCUCUAGCUCGUUCCAUAAUUUUUGAUACCACGAAAGACGUAGUAGAGCCAGAGGUGCUCUUGUAUGACGAACCAACAGCUGGGCUUGAUCCGAUUGCAUCAACUGUUGUGGAAGAUCUCAUUCGCUCAGUUCACGUGGCAGGCGAGGAUGCACUUGGGAAGCCUGGGAAUAUUGCAUCUUAUGUUGUUGUCACACAUCAACACAGUACUAUUAAAAGAGCGGUUGACAGGCUAAUAUUUCUUUAUGAAGGGAAGGUCGUCUGGCAAGGCAUGACUCAUGAAUUCUCCACAUCAGCUAAUCCUAUUGUUCGGCAGUUCGCAUCAGGGAGCUUGGAUGGUCCUAUUAGAUAUAUUUAGCUUCGGCUGCCACAUCAAAUACAAGAAAUACAUGGUUUUACUCGUGUAGAGUUGGUAUUACUUAUUCGUACACCAGCUUGCUACUUUAAGGCUGACCUUGUCAGUUCUCAAGCUACGGUGGAGAUCAACGCGAGGUGUUAGCCUGAAAAGUAGUCGCGUUUGCAGUUCUUAUUUUGCUGGGCCUUCUCCCGUGAAUCUGCACGUCAUAGAAGAAAUUUAUUGUUUUAUUUCACUUUUCUUCUUCCCUCUUAUUUUCUUCACAUUCAUUUUUGUAAUUGGCCUCCAUAUUUAGAGUAUUGAGAAAUCCAACUGUGGAAUCAUGUUAUAACAGGAUAGCAACUUGAUAGUAGGAAUCGUGUUGAAACGACUUGCGAUCUUUUUCUUCUUUCGAUUUGGUUAUAUAGAUUAUAGUAAUUUUGAUUACGUUAUCAUUA